AUGGUGGGCGCCGCUGAUACCGGAUUACCGCCCAACUGGGAGAUCAGGCACUCCAAGACCAAGGGAAUCCCUUACUAUUACAACAACAAGACAAGCGAAUCACGCUGGGAACCCCCCACAGAUGCCGACAGCGCCAAACUCUCCGCAUACAUGGCCCUAAACCACUCCAUCCCCCUCGUCCAACCCGCACCUCCCCCAGACCAAGACAAAAUCCGCACCUCGCACCUCCUCGUAAAACACGCCGAAUCCCGACGUCCCUCAUCCUGGCGCUCCGCCACAAUCUCCCGCUCAAAGACGGAAGCAAUGCAAAUCAUCCUCCAACACGAAGCGCGGAUCAGGGCUGGAGAGAUCAGUUUGGGCGAGUUGGCGGUUAGUGAGAGUGAUUGCUCGAGUGCGAGGAAGGGAGGGGAUUUGGGAUACUUUGGGAGGGGAGAGAUGCAGAAGGAGUUUGAGGAGGCGGCGUUUGGGUUGCAGGUUGGGGAGAUGAGUCGGGUUGUGGAGACGGCGAGUGGGUUGCACUUGAUUGAGAGGACGGGAUAAAGAGAUUGAGAGAGCGAGAGAUGGGGGUUUAUACCAUGGCUUAAUG